AUACACAAAUCGCGAUAUGUUUUUUCCAUCUCAUGCAACAACCAAAAGCAAACCAUUCUCACUCUCCCGUCUUCCGGGGACUUCAUCGUCCAAAACAUCAACUACAAGGACCAAAGGGUAACCGUCAACGACCCCAAUAACUGCCUCCCUCGACGGUUUCUCGAACAUGACUUUAAUCUUACAGAUUCACCCUUUGAUUUUGCGACCGGCACUGAGAACUACACGUUCCUCAAUUGCUCGUACAAAGAUGUAGAAUGGGCUUCACCCAUCACAUGCCUCAGCAAUGACCACUACAAGGUCCUUCUUGAGCCAACUUCGUCCGAGUCAUGGGCUCCUUGCUCUGUCAUUUCCACGGCUUUGGUUCCCUACUAUUCAUUUGACUGGUACGACCUUAAUGUGGUUGGUGUUGAGCUGGAAUGGGAGGUGCCUGAUUGUCGUUCUUGGGAAGCAAGGAAUCUUCGUUGCGGGUUGGAAACUCCUACAAGUUCGCAAGCUCAAGGCUUUGAUCAUUCUUCAAAAGUUUGUAAGUUAUCAUUUAAUUUAACGAUAAAGUUACAUUUGAUCCCUGUAUUGUUCAGUUUGGUUGGGUUUCAAUUUCAAGGACACACACAAAAAAUUCCAUCCAAUUAUGUCCAAAAUACCCUUCACAUGAGGGACACAUGCUUAUUUCAUCAUAAAAUUGGACGGAAAUUUGGAUGUGUCCUUGAAUUGCAAUGAAUAUCAACAUAGUCAAAUCGCCAUAAUUGAAAUCACAUGGACCAAUACAUAGGCAAAAACUGAUUUUUUUUAGUGACACGUCGACAUGUUAUUUGGCCUCUAAGAGUGCUUCAUAUUCGGCCUCAUUGUUCGUUUUGAAAAUUUGAAGCUAAUCUAAGACUCUACACGUGUUUAAUAUCAGUGUUCCAAGUGGAAGAUUGUCAAGUAUUUCCACUUGAAAUUUGGUCCUCCGAAUUGUUGAGUGACACGUCGACAUGUUAUUUUGAUAUCAUAUUAGAAUAUAAACAUUCAAUUAACAUCUACUUGAGGUAGAGAGGCUCAAAUUUUUUAAGAUAUUAAUAAGCUAAGUUUUAAUCGUUCGAUAUAGGAUACUCUCAACUUAUUCUUACCACCUAUAGUAAAUUCUGUCUAAAAAAUAAAAACCUCUCAUUUAUUUUAUGUUAUGCUUGUUAAUUUUACUAUAUAUAUAUUUAUAUUUGGAGAGAAAAGACGUCUGAUGAUCGAUUUUGGCUUUUUAUAUACA